CUUGUAUACUUGUCCGUUCUAUUUUUAGUUUUUAUUCUCGUUUUCAUUUUAUUAACUUAUCAAAAACUUAGACCUACAGUUAUCCCUACAAAUUGGCCAAUUCUUGGUAUGAUACCGGGGAUUCUUGUAAACGUUCACCGAAUCCAUGAUUACACAACCGAAUUUCUCAUACAAAGUCGUGGUACAUUCAUGUUGAAAGGCUCUUGGUUAGCCAACAUGGACAUGCUACUUAUCACCGAUCCUUUAGACAUCCACUACAUUCUAAGCAAAAACUUCAGCAAUUAUAAAAAAGGUGAGAAAUUUAAACAGAUCUUUGAUGUCCUAGGAGAUGGAAUACUCAAUUCCGACGGUAAGGUGUGGGAAAUCAGUCAUAAGGUCAUUUUUUCUGUUCUAAAGCAUGCAGAAUUUCAGAGUAUGUUGGAAACAAUUAUCUGGAACAAAGAGGAAAAUGGGCUUCUACCUAUCCUUGAAUCUAUUUGUGAACGUGGCACUGAAAUGGAUUUGCAGGAUAUAUUUCAAAGGUUUUUUCUUGACACCGUAUGUAAAUUACUCUUUGAUAAAGAUCCAGAAAGCUUGUCUCUCGAUUUUCCUCACUUCCCUUAUUCGAAAGCAUUCAUAUACAGUGAAGAAACUAUGUUGCUUAGGCAUAUUACGCCCCCUUUCCUUUGGAAGCUGCAACAAAUUCUUAGAGUGGGGAAAGAGAACAAGAUGAGUGAAGCAUGGAAGCAUCUUGAUCAAUUUUUAGACAAAUGCUUGCCUCAAAAACAAACAGACUACAACAACAUGAACCAUAAUGCAGAGAAGUUCUCUUUUAUCACAGCUAUCAUGAGAGAGUUUACAAAUCAGAGUGACACUUCUUUGGAUUUAACAAAAUUUCUAAGAGACACCAUUAUUAAUUUGAUGGCAGCCGGAAAAGAUACCCUCAGCAGUGCUCUAUCUUGGUUCUUCUAUCUUCUUGCUAGAAACCCAGCCGUAGAAGAUAAGAUUCUAGAAGAGAUUCAUACACAUUUGGGGGUCAAUUUGCGCAAAAGAUGGAACACUGCAGAGUUGGACAAAAUGGUUUACCUUCAUGGAGCUUUAUGUGAAUCUUUAAGGUUAUAUCCGCCUGUCCCAUUCAACUACAAAUCUCCAUUACAACCAGAUGUCCUUCCAAGCGGCCACCAAGUUGAUCAAAACAUCAACAUUAUUCUCUCUUUUUAUUCUAUGGGGAGGAUGGGAUCAAUAUGGGGGAAUGAUUGCAUGGAGUUUAAACGUGAAAGGUGGAUAUCUAAUGCUGGAGGAAUCAAACAUGAGCCCUCAUACAAGUUCCCGGUAUUUAACGCUGGACCAAGAACUUGUUUAGGUAAGAAUAUGGCUUUGUCUCAGCUGAAGAUAGUGUCAACCGCGAUCAUUUACCACUACCACAUUCAGUUGGUGGAAGGCCAUCCUGUGCUUCCAGCAGAUUCUAUGAUACUUCAUAUAAAGCAUGGUCUCAAGGUCAGAUUAAGUAGAAGAAGCGAACUCAACUAA